ACAUGCAGGAUGAAAACACAGCAGAGCUCUCGGUGCAAGGGCACCUGCAAACAAGAAUACCGCUUUGUUAGCUGCUCUAGAAACUGACAGAACUCGUUUCAGUCUGCUGAUUAUUUACCAGGGCACGUCAGGAUAGUGUCUGUCCCGACUUCUGUGCAGCAAGGUGCUUACUCACGUCUGUGCUGUACUGAGCACACUGAAAACCUGUUUCUGCCUGGACAUAGCUUGUUGACACGCCCAAGCAAGGAGUAUUUAAAUAAGGAACUCCAAGACGUAUUUGAUAAUGCUGACAUAUCGAUCAUCGUUUUGCUAACUGAUUCCACCCUUGGGACAUUUUUGUCAUGGCAGCCUAUCUACUGGGCGUUUGUUUACUUUUAAUACAACCUCAAAUAGUGCCUUCCAGACCAACUGCAAAUGCAGAGACACCUAAAUCAUCAAUUUAUACAGAUGCCGAAAAUCAAAUUAAAAAACCCUCCUUUAAAAAUGAGUUGAAUGCUGUCCACCUUAAAACAACACGUCAGUAUUUACCGCAUACUAUUAUAAUUGGAGUUCGUAAAGGUGGAACAAGAGCUCUGCUAGAAAUGCUAAGUCUCCAUUCUGAUAUUUCUGCUGCUGAAAGUGAAAUUCAUUUCUUUGACUGGGAAGAUCAGUACGCAAAAGGACUACAGUGGUAUAUUGGUCAAAUGCCAUUGUCAUAUUCUCAUCAAUUAACUGUAGAGAAAACUCCAGCAUAUUUUACAUCUGCUAAAGUGCCUGAAAGAAUCUAUAAUAUGAAUAGUACAAUCAGACUCUUGCUUAUCUUAAGAGAUCCUAUUGAAAGGGUAUUAUCUGACUAUACCCAAGUUUAUUAUAAUCAUAAGCAGAAAAAUAAAACCUACCCUCCGGUGGAAGAUCUCCUUCUUAAAAAUGGGGAACUGAAUACUGACUACAAAGCAAUAAACCGAAGUUUAUAUUAUACUUUCAUGGAAAACUGGUUAAAUUAUUUCCCUAUUAAAAAUAUUCACAUUGUUGAUGGAGAUUGUUUGAUCAGGGAUCCCUUUCCUGAAAUACAAAAGGUUGAACGUUUCUUGAACUUAUCUCCUAAAAUCAAUGCAUCUAAUUUUUACUUCAAUAAAACAAAAGGAUUUUACUGCUUAAGGGACAGUGGUAGGGACCGUUGCUUACACGAGUCUAAAGGCAGGGCGCAUCCACAAAUAAGUUCUUUAUUACUGAAGAAACUACAGGAAUAUUUUUAUGAGCCAAAUAAAAAGUUCUUUGAACUUGUUGGAAAAACAUUUAACUGGCUUUAAGAACCAAUAACACUUCUCCCCCUGUAUAUUGAAGGAAUAUUAAGCUAUACAUGUUUUUCGUAAAGACUGAGCCUAUGUGCAAAGCAUUAGAUUACUAUUCACAUAUUCUUAUAUUUUUAUACUCGCUAAAUAUUGGAAAAAAAUGCUUUGUAUGAAUUUUUUACUAGUAGUAGAAUAUGUACAUAUUGAAAUUUACUUUAAUUAUUUCUCUUUUAGACUGGUAAUAUUUUUCUUGUCUACUAGAGAAAUAUUCUAGAAUUGGUAGAAAUGUUUUUGCGUAUACAGUAUACAUUAAGCAAAUAUGUCUUUAGCUAAAUAUGUUCUAUUUAUUUUUUGUGUGGUUUUUUUGUGUUUUUUUUCUU